AUGGAUGUUGCGACACCCAAGGUGCCAACUCCUAACGAGUCUUUUCGAUGGCCUUGGGCCAAGAGCGCCGGACAGACUUUGCUAGCGAAGUGCGACUCGACGAUGGAAAAGCCUCGUCCAUUGGGCGGUGAUCGUCUACUAGAUAUACCUUGCGGAGUUUGCGGUGAUCGAAGCAGUGGAAAGCACUACGGAAUCUACAGCUGUGACGGCUGCUCAGGCUUUUUCAAGCGAAGCAUUCAUCGCAACCGGGUGUACACGUGUAAGGCCCAGGGCGACUUCAAGGGCAAGUGUCCUAUUGACAAAACGCACCGCAAUCAGUGUCGCGCGUGCCGACUCAAAAAGUGCUUCGAAGCAAGCAUGAACAAAGACGCCGUUCAACAUGAGCGAGGACCUCGAAAACCGAAAUUCAAAGACGUGUCGGACAUGGGUGGUCCCAAAAUUCCGAAAAGCCCGUUUUUCACGCAAAAUCGGCAUCGGGACAACGGACCCCUGUGUGGUGGAGCCCCUCCGACGAGCUCUCCAUUCUUACCGCCGGGUCCCCCGCUAGCGUUUUCCCCUUCGCCUCCAUAUCCCUCAGCUUCGGCGGUCCCGCCUUCGUUUCUUUCCUCAUCCUCUCCACUAUCGUUGCCGCCCGCCCUGAUGCUCAACUCCUCUGCUGGACUCCUUCAAAUGCUCCUGAACCCAACGAGUGCAGCAGCCUCCGCUCUGCGCGGUCCUCCACCUCCUCUGCCGCCGGCGCCUCAGACUGCCUCCGAUUGGACCACCAGAACCCCGACAACCUCUCCGCAUUCAUUAAUGGGUCUGACAGGAUUCGCUCGACCGCGUUCACCGUCGACGGAAGAUACGUCCGAACGUCCACCGUCGAAUUGCACUUCACCGUUACUCACGGUGUCUUCGUCGGCAUCUGAAAGCGGUUCGACUUCGACAGAAGUCCGUCCUAGCGGACCUAUAAUGGCUCCCCCUAUAGCUGUCGCACCGUUGGUGGGAGCAACGACUCAGGAAAUCACAGCACGACUCCUGUUCAUGGUAAUCCGUUGGGUGAAAUGUCUUCCAACGUUCCAAACUCUUUCUCGCGGAGAUCAAGUGUGUCUGUUGGAGGAACCAUGGAAGGAUCUCUUUCUGCUAUACAUGUCGCAUUGGUCACCGGGCGUUGAUCUCAUAUCUUCGCUGCCCGCUAAAUCAUCGAGACCUUCCUCGCCCAAAUCACCGACGGGUUCGCCUGAACGGGACGCGGUUAGUCCCGCCGCCGUACAUCACGACGAACUCAAUCCAAUCGAAAUCCAUUACGUUCAGGACGUUAUGCGUCGCUUGCGUCAGCUCUCGCCUGACGACACUGAAUGCAGUUGCUUAAAGGCCAUUGUUCUUUUCAGACCUGAGACAAUGGGCUUGUGCGAUACCCACCCGGUUGAAAUGCUUCAAGAUCAAGCUCAAUGCGUGCUUGGCGACUAUGUCAGGGAACGAUAUCCGAGGCAACCAACACGCUUUGGACGUCUUCUGCUGUUACUUCCGAUUCUACGAUCGAUCUCGAACGUCUUCAUCGAGAAACUUUUUUUCAAAGGCACCAUCGGCAACAUUCGGGUAGAGAAGAUUCUCGGAGAAAUGUACACAAUGCAGGUCGACACCUGA